AUGGUUAGAUCAAUGUUAAGUUAUUCCAAUUUGCCUUCUUCCUUUUGGGGAUAUGCUUUAGAAAUAGCAAAAUACAUUCUAAAUUUGGUUCCUUCAAAGUCAGUACCUUCAACUCCAGUAGAAUUAUGGAUUGGGCGCAAGCCAAGUUUACGGCACAUUCGGGUUUGGGUUUGUCCAGCACAUGUGCUGAAAGGGAAAGCGGAUAAAUUGGAAUCAAGGAUAGAAGUAUGCAUUUUUAUUGGAUAUCCAAAAGGAACUAAAGGCAGUUUGUUUUAUUGUCCCAAAGAAAAGAAGGUAAUUGUUACAACAAAUGCCAGAUUUUUAGAAGAGGACUAUUUAAUGAACCAUAUUCCUAGAAGUGAACUAGUUUUACAAGAAUUAAGUAAUGGAGUAACUAAAGACUCAUCUCUAGAACGUAUCCCGGAAGCCAAUAUUGACAUACCACUGCAUUAUCGUAGUGGGAGAAAUGUCAAUAGGCAGCAGAUUGGACAAGAGCAAUUGCCUGACAUCUCACUACCCCAAAGUAGUAGGAGUAAUGUUGAGCAACCUCAGAUUGUUGAGCGACCUCAGAUUGUUGAACAACCUGAAAUUGUUCUGCAGCCUGCACUCAUGGAAGAAGUUAAUGAUAUCCCAGCACCGCAAGGUGUGGACGAUAACAUUGAAGCUUCAGUUCCAGAAGAUGAUGUUGUGAUUCAACAACGAAAUUAG